AGUGCCACGUCAGCAGUGCCACAUCAGCAACAUGACGGGCCUGCCAGGCCAACUGGCCAAUGAGCCCAUUGCCGACUACAAAAAGCGUGUCCAUGCUCAGCUCGCUGCAAUCGAGGCUGRGGAACAACGCCAGCUGGCAGUCAAGGCUGCCCAGCUACAGGCUGAUGAAGCGGCAACARCAGAGAAGCUGCGGCUACAGGCCGAAGCAGACGYARAUGCCCAGGCUCGCCGCAAGGAAGCCCAGGCUCUGCUGCAGCGGCAUGAAGCCAGCAGCAUCGAGAAACUCAAGUAYUGGCAUUUUGAACCAAACGGCGACGAGCCAACACCGGAAGAGCAGCAUAAGGAGUUCAUGGCCAAGCUCGUGAGCAGGUUGGUUUACACAUGUAACCACCUACAGUCCGAGCUGGCAAACCUCCAGCGGGCUGUGCGGAACCAAAAGACUCAGCACGAGGAUGCCACACGGGCACUGGACGCCCGUGUACAUGACUUGGAACAAGUUCCACCAAGACAAGAUGUUGGAGCUUCCAGCAGUGCAUCCUCUAGCCGCCAACUGGAGGAACGUGUUGACCACGUAGUGGCAAUGCUCGGCGACAUCAGCACCUUUGCUGCGCCAACCACCGUCAGCAGUCAACUGCAUACCUUGAAGACCGAGUUUCAGCAGCUGCAGUCGACAAACGCGGAUGAGAAUCCGAAGAUGUACAAGAUGCCAACUUUCCAACUGGACAAGUUCGACGACUACACACAUCAGGAUCCGGAUAAAAUCACAUGGGAGGAACUGACACGGCUGUGGAAGAAGCGGUUCAUCGUCGACGACGCGCCGGCUCUUGCCAUCAACCGUCUGUUCACCAUGUCACAGGGCAACACGGCAACACGGGAUUGGCUCACGGAAUGGCAGAAGAUUGCGGCGGUGUCCAAUCUGGAAUUGGCAUUCACGCAUCUACGCCGUGAGUUCUACAACAGGAAAUGGACAGCCAGUACAAGUUCCAUGGGUCAAGUUUGGCUUGACCGAGGCGGAGUACAAGGUCCGCGGCCGCUACGGCAGCUGCUAUUGGUGCAACAGCACCAAUCACAAGACCUCCCUGUGCCAGGAUCAGGGCAAGGAGGAUGUGCGACCCCGCCUCAGCUCGCGAAACUGAGCUCCGCGCAAGGUGAGGCGACUACACCUUCUACUCCGCCAGAUUCCUCCUUGCUAGCGGCCUCCUGCACAUCUGGGGAGAACGCGAAUAUCGCAAGUUCUCGUUACACUUACGAGGACUAUGUUGUCCACUUGGUUCCACCGCUGGACCAACCGCUCCACGUGCAACAAUCUACCGCAUGCACAUUUUCAUCACCAUCGGCAAUCGAUUUGGCAGCUUUGCCGCCAUCUAUCGCCGGGGAUUCAUCGUCGUGGUCAAGACUUGAGGUGCUCGACCGAUUGACGUUCACGGACUUCUUGUGGAUGCCCGUUCCACCGAUCGGACGAUUGCCGAAACCGCAUUGCAAUGUGCUCAUGGCACAACUGCGAGAUUACUUGCACACUGCAGUACCGACUCCGUUGAUGGACGCCGAAGUAGAGGUUGUCGACCUUCACGUUUACAUCGCGAAGAUCGACCACGAGUUCAAGACGCAACGGUACGACGACAUCGAUACACCAUUGCUAUACGAACGCAUUCAGAUCGGAGAGGCGACCUGCAGUGCCGUGAUCGAUUGCGGAGCAUCUUGCAACUACAUCAACCAGGACUUCAUGGUACGCGCCGGCCUUGGCCCACGUGUCCGGAGGAAGUCCCAGCCUACGCAAGUCACUCUGGCAGACGGUCAUACGCACAAGUCCAUCGAUCGAUGCAUUGACGCCGUCCCAGUGUACUUUGCCCCUCACGCAAGUGAGGCGGUGUCCUUUGACAUUCUGGACACCAAAUUCGACAUGAUCUUGGGCAUGUCAUGGCUGCGAAGCAAGGAUCACCAGGUGCACUUCUUCAACCUCACCGUUCACAUUCGUGACCGGAACGGAGUACUAGUUCCAUGCACGGUGCCUCUUCCUCAUCCUUCGAUCAGCUAUCACGUGCUAUCCGCCGCAAGCAUGCGAGCUUCCAUCAUCAAAGACGACAUCGAGGAGAUGGGGGUGUGUUUUCUCCACGCCCUCCCUCCCCAUGACGCUUCAUCGACGGACUCACCUUCGGAUCCACGCAUCACCGAACUUCUCGACGCCUACAGCGACGUGUUCGAAGGCCCGCACGGAGUAGUACCGGAUCGACCCAUCGGCCACGAGAUCAGCCUCGAGGAUGGGGCCGCACCUCUGCUCAGUUGCAUCUACCGAAUGAGCGAGGAAGAGUUAAGUUUCUUCUCUAAGCUGGAUCUCAAGUCAGGGUACCACCAACUCGAGAUUCGCAAGGAGGAUCGCUACAAGACCGCGUUUAAGACACGGUAUGGGCAUUUUGAAUGGAUGGCGAUGCCAUUUGGCCUUACGAAUGCCCCAGCCACUUUCCAAGCGGCUAUGACGACGGAGUUCCGACACAUGCUGGAUCGUUUCGUACUUAUCUACCUCGACGACAUUCAGGUUUACAGCCGGAGUCUGGACGAGCUUGUGGAACACCUGCGCACCGUUUUGGAGCGGCUACGACAGGCCAAGUACAAAGCAAACCGCGACAAGUGCGAGUUCGCACAGCAGGAGUUGAAGUACUUGGGACACUAUGUGACGCCGCAAGGCAUCCGUCCRCUUSCGGACAAGAUCGAGGCCCUACGAGUAUGGCCCGAGCCCACCAACACCACGGACGUUCGUUCAUUCAUGGGGUUGGCGGGCUACUAUCAGCGAUUCGUCACCGGAUACUCCAGGAUUGUUGCACCUAUGAAGAGGUUACAGUCGCCAAAGGUGCCAUUCGUAUUCGAUGACGACGCACGCCAGUCAUUCCAAGCACUUAAGACGGCUAUGCUCAUGGCACCCGUCCUUAGCAUCUAUGACCCCACCCUGUUGAUGCGAGUGACUACGGACGCUAUUGGCUAUGGCAUUGGGGCAGUCUUGGAACAACACGACGGCGACGACUGGCACCCUGUGGAGUAUUUCAGCCACAAAGUGCCUCCCAUCAACUUGCUUGAUGAUGCAAGGAAGAGGUUCACAUGGGUCACAGACAACAAUCCAUUGACCUACUGCAAGACGCAGGACACGGUGAGCAGCAUGAUCAGACGACAGAUGUACUUCAUCAACCAAUUUGACUUCACACCGAAACAUAUCCCCGGCCUCUCCAAUCGCGCAGCAGAUGCACUCUCGCGAAGACCUGAUCUUUGCGCGAUGACACAUCAUGCCUUCACAUUCGACGAGGAGCUUCAGCGACACUUCAUCCGGGCAUAUCAGUCUGAUCCGGACUUCGGCACGCUCUAUGCACAACUAUCUUCGGAUCACCCGCCGGCCAGCCAUUACCGCAUUGCCGACGGGUACUUGCUCCUCCACUCGAGAGGCAAGGACUUACUAUGUGUCCCACGCGAUCGUCGUCUUCGGACUCGCCUCCUCGGCGAGUAUCAUGAUUCACGACUCGUCGGCCAUUUUGGAGUCAACCGCACUAUUGCACGGCUUCGACAGCGAUUCCGAUGGCCCGACCUCAUUACCGAUGUCACUCGGUAUUGCGAUUCUUGCGAAGUUUGUCAACGCAGCAAGCCCCGCAACCGCAAUCCCUACGGCGAGUUACAUCCGAUGCCUAUUCCACGGGAACCCGGUCUCUCCAUUGCCAUGGACGUCACCGGUCCGUUUCCUCGCGACCGUCUCGGGCACGACGGCAUCCUCACGGUUGUGGACCGAUUGAGUAAGUACGCGCGUUUUCUCCCUUGCAAGUACUACUCCACGGCUCCCGAGUUGGCACGCCUCCUGCACACUGGUUGGAUUUGUGGCCACAGUGUACCAGAAGACAUUGUCAGCGACUGCGACACUCGUUUCAUGUCGGCGUUUUGGACUGCUCUCAUGUAGGAGUCCGACACAACAAUGAAACCAAGUUCGGCUC